AUGCCCGAAGGACGCCAAUCUCCUCCCCCUGAGCGCCAGUCCGGCGCCCAGCAGCAGGACCCCCCCGCCUCCGGCAAGGGAACCGACGACGCCGCCAACAAGGAGCAAGCCAACAAGGAGUCUCUCGAUAAGCUAGAGUCCAACCCCAAGGGACCUCUCGACGAUGCUCUCAAGGAGAAGUUCUCCAAGACGCAGUAG